CAACUGUCAGAAGAUGCAGCAUAUCUGCAGUCAGCAAAUGUACGUCAAAUCAGGAUACCCGGUGACGUUAUCAUAGGCGGAGUUUUUCCUGUUCAUGCCAAAGGUGAUUCGCCUGAUCAGCCCUGCGGUGUAAUUGCGGAAACACGAGGUGUUCAUCGAGUCGAGGCAAUGCUCUAUGCACUGGAUGUUAUUAAUUCUCAGCGUGAAUUCUUACGUGGUUAUAAACUAGGUGCCCUUAUCCUGGAUUCGUGCUCAAAUCCAGCUUAUGCAUUGAACCAGAGCCUCGAUUUUGUCCGUGAUAUGAUUGGUUCGACAGACUUGUCUGAAUACCAGUGCCGUGAUGGCAGUCAACCGGAAAGUAGGCAAAUGCCACGUAAAAAUGUUGCUGCUGUUGUUGGUGGCAGCUAUAGUUCUGUUACUGUUCAGGUAGCAAAUCUGUUGAGGCUCUUCAAAAUAGUGCAAGUGAGUCCAGCCAGUACGAAUGCUGAUCUUAGUGAUAAAACACGCUUCGAAUAUUUUGCUAGAACAGUGCCCAGUGAUAACUAUCAAGCACGUGCAAUGAUUGAUAUCGCACUGCACUUUAACUGGACGUACGUUUCUCUGGUCUAUUCAGCUGACGAAUAUGGCGAAUUGGGCGCUGAAGCUUUUAAAAAAGAAGCACGCAAAAUGAAUAUCUGUAUAGCCAUUGAGGAACGAAUAUCACCAAAAAAAGAGGCAUUCCGGGAGUCUGUGGAUAAUCUUAUCAAAAAAUUACAACCAGAGAAAAUAGUCGGCGCACGUGUCGUGGUACUUUUUGUUGGCACAGAAUACGUGCCAGAGCUGAUGCUGCAGACUUCCGAACGUAUGCGCCUGGAACGCUUGCCUCGACAAAAAAGGAUCAUUUGGCUUGCAAGCGAAGGCUGGGAUCGCAACAACGAAGCUUAUACAACAGGCUCUAGAAAAUUAGCGGCAGAAGGGGCAAUUGUUUUGAUGUUGGCCUCGGAACGUGUUCCCGCUUUCGAGGAGUAUUUUUUGUCACUAAAUCCGGGCCACGACAAAUUUGAACGAAAUAAAUGGUUGCGGGAGUUAUGGCGCCACAAAUUCGACUGUGAAUUUGGUUUACCUGAGCAAAGCACAAUUAAUCGAUGUGAAAGCCAUCGGCAAACAGUAGAAAAUUUCAAUCCUGAUGACAAAGUACAAUUCGUCAUUGAUGCUGUAUUCGCUAUUGCACGUGGAUUGCAGGCACCUUUUUUUUAUUUCUGUAUAAUGGGAAAUAUAAAAGCUAUGAAGGAGGAAGUUUGUCCAGACGACACCGUCGCAUCGUCAUGGAUAUCUCGGCAUUCGAGGAUGCCACAAAUAUGCAGCGCAAUGAAACGCAUUGACGGAGAAGAAUUCUAUCAAAAAUAUCUACUGCAAGUAAAAUUUGAAGAUGCUGUUGGCAAGAAAUUUCGAUUUAGUCCAGAAGGUGAUGGACCAGCCCAUUAUACAAUACUUAAUUAUCAACCUGAAAACAAUCGCAGAAGAUCCCAAGAUUCGCGACGAAGUGAUUAUAUUGUUGUUGGACGGUGGUCGGAAGACCAGGUUCGUACUGUACAUCUGAACUCUUCCAUUUUUCCAGUAAUUAGACUGGAAUAUUUGCUGGGUUGA